AUUUUUGACGUGUGGUGUAUGCCAUUAUCAAAACAGCAACAAAGUCCCAUUUGACGAAGCCUAUAAUUAAGCCCAAUUAUUACGAAAAUGUAUUCAUAUUUUUCAUUCACGAUAAAACUAUGGAAAAUUCAAUCCAAAUGGAAAUGACACUCGAUUUCCAACAUUCAAGUCAAUGUUUACAUCUGUUUACGACAUACGUGACUUGCUAUGUUAUUCGAGGGGGUAAAACACUCUCGUUCGAAUAAAUAUUAAGAAAGUUUAUAUUUAGAGAAUGUGUGAAAUGUAGGAUUUCCCUGCAUUAAAUAGCUUCUUCUCGGCCUAGAAGAAAUUCAACUCGAUUUCAAAGUUAUUUAGGUUAGAUCCAAAAUGGCAAGUACCUCGACUGAAGGGAAAAAACCGUGGGAUGAAAACAAUUUAAGGAAGUAUUGUUUGAAUUUUGGAGAUGUACCCAGGUAUCAAUUCGACGAUCCAAGAGUAGACGAAUGUAUACGUUCAAAUAAGCCAGUGGUAAUAUUGGGAACAAAUUUAGUAAAGCCAGCUGUCGAAAAAUGGAAUUUAGCAUAUAUGGAAGAGAAUAUGGGCGCAGCCUUGAAUACUGUAUAUUUUUCCAAGACCCACAAAUUCAAAUAUUUCGAUGAGAAUAAGAUGCUCAGCCAAACUAAUCCUAAAGGGGUACAGUUCACACCACCUAUAAGAAAAAUAGAAAUGCCCAUCAGUGAGUUCAUAAAGACAAUGAAUUCUUGGAAGCAAGGGGAGGAAAGACUUUACAUGCAGCAGUCCUUAACUUCGGCAGUUGGUACAAAUAUAGUUCAAGAUUUUGUUAAUUUCAAUUGGAAAUGGAUAACUUUCAAACAGAAAUUGCAUAGAUGGGGAAAGCUAACAUCGAAUUUACUCUAUAUAUCUAUGGAAGGCAAUGUAACACCUUGUCAUUACGAUGAACAAGAAAAUUUUUUUGCACAAGUAUUGGGAUAUAAAAGAUGUAUAUUAUUUUCUCCAGAUCAAUUUCAGUGUAUGUAUCCCCAUCCUGUGCAUCAUCCUCAUGAUAGACAAAGCAUGGUAGACAUAGACAAACCUGACCUUGUUAGAUUCCCAAAAUUUGGAGAAGCUAAAGGAAUAGAAGCUGUAAUUGGCCCUGGGGAGGUUCUCUAUAUACCAAUUUAUUGGUGGCAUCAUGUUGAAUCUUUAAUGAGAAUGGGCCCUACUAUCACAGUCAACUUCUGGUAUAAGGCUGGACCCACCGUCAUUCAGUAUCCCCUCAAGGAUCAUCAGAAAGUGUCGAUCAUGAGGAAUAUAGAAAAAAUGGUUCUUGAAGUACUGAGAGAUCCUAAAGAAGUUGGACCUCUUUUGAAAAAUGUAGUAUUAGGACGAUUCGAAGAUUAAGCACAUUGUACUUUGGACUGGGACUCUCGGUUGCUAUGUUUUUAUUGUAUUAAUAUUUAUUUAUUUUAUUAAGUAACCUAAGAUUUUAUAUUCUAAAUUUUUCCUUGUAUUUUUACUUGCCAUUAUGUAGAUCUGUAAUUGUACAGCUGCUCUUUUAUAUCUGCAGUCAAAAAAAGUUAUUUUUGAUUCAAAUUUAGAGUUGUUCUCUGAAAGAAUAACGAAUAAAGUACAUAUUUUAGAUA